AUGAGUCCCGGCAAACGGAAUUCGUUAGGCGAUCAGAACGAAUCUCGUCCCACCAUCACCAUUACUGACAUGGACACAGUUCACGAAGAAAAUGACAAUGACAACGACAGCGACGAGUCUUCAUAUUCUGAUGUUACAAGACUGCGGGAACGAACUCGGGCCAUGCUGGGCCACGCAGCAGAUCCUCUCAUACAAAACUCCCACUCGCAACCAAACAGUCGACGAAUGUCAAGCGACAUCGACGCUAAAGUGGCAGCAAAUCUUAACACAAGGCGUCCUUCAGCAAUCAUAGCGGCAUUCCGCAGACCGUCACAGGCCCUAGCGCUGUGUGCUGCGACCCAACGCAGGUUCCUCUCAGAGCUGUCACCGCACUCUCGAACCUCUAUGGCCUCUACUCACGACGUACCGCCAUCUACUGCAGAAAUUUUGGGACACGAAGCUCUCAGUAAGGCGUUGUCGGCACUGUACGCCAAGCUUCUCGUAGUUCUCGGUCUAGCAUUUCCUGUGACGGAAGUUAUCGCAAAUGGUGUCCCAGAUGCCUAUUACCAGGGAUUUUAUUUAUAUUUGUAUUUAGUGUCAUUACUGUUCGUGAUAUUUCAAUAUGCGAAUAUUAUGCGUCAGAAAGCGGUAACAAUGAUAAUUCAAGACCACGAUAAAGAUGACAAAAAUGGUACGGGAAAAGCGACUCCCAACGAAAAACUAAAACAAAAAGAGACUAUUACUAGAUACGGAAGUUUCUAUUUAAGAUUGGGUGCUAUUGCUUUUGGCAUCGGAUCUAUGGUAUACAGCGGACUAGAAUUCGGUGAAUAUUUUGAAAUGACGGAUAAAUGUCGAUCCGUUCUUUCGGCCUUAACUCCUGCACUCCGCAUGGCAUUAACUCUAGCUCAGAUGCAGUUUAUCUUCCUUACAAAUAAAGACAUCGAAUCCGGCAGUAACAAAUUAAUUCAGAGAUUCGGAUUUAUGCACAUGAUAGCAGCGAACCUCUGUGAAUGGCUGUAUGUUCUCGUAGAGGAAACUAAACACGAAAUACAUCAUCUUGAACAUUCUAUGAUCUCUAAAUCAAACAAUACCCAAAAUUUAACUCCAGACACGCAUUGUCGAAGAUCUAAUAUCAUGGGUACAUUGGUUCAAAACGCUUCACCAUUUCUAUUUCCAUGCACAAUUGAGUAUUCCCUUAUAUGCGCUGUUAUUUUGUAUGAAAUGUGGAAAGAGGUUAAAUGCACACCAGAAGAUUUUGAAAAGAAAUUUAUGUAUGUUAAGAAUAAAUCUCGGAGUAAUUCAGUUACGCCUGAAAAAAUUUUACAACAAUUCGCUGGUAUGCUGGGAGUCAGUUCACCCAACGGAAGCCGCAAUGCCUUACAUCAUUUCUCAGUAGAUUGCUCACACGCCCACAGAGGGCUAUUCGCUGGAAUUCUUGUCAUAGUCUUAACCAUUAUAUCCCUAAUAAUGUUCUUCGUAUUGGCACAUCAUAAUAAUACAGUUACUGAUGCCAUAUUCGAAGUGAAUAUUUGUGAAUUGAUUUUAUAUUCGUUAUCAAUCCUCGCCACGGUAAUUGCAAUGAAACAAAUGAGAGCAUUACCUUACAAGAGAAAAUCACAAGCUGUUUUAGGCUUGGAUACAUCUCUCCUAAUCCUGGCCCAAUCGGGGAUGUACGUUUACUGUAUGUUCAGUCUGAUAGGAUGCCAUCACACACUCAAUAGUUCUAACAGUUCCGGCCUCACAGGAUUCUUCUCUGAAUUCCUAUCCUUGAAUCAGACUACUUUACAAUCAUUAUUUAUAAUCGACGCGUGGUGGAGAAGGUGCGCCAACUCUGAACAAAGAAAUAACAAACCUGGCCGACAGUUGGUUACAUUUCUGCUAGUCGCCAAUAUGGCCAUGUGGACCAUCAAUACCUUAGAAAAAAAUCGAGCAGAAUUUAGACCAGCUCAUCUAGACUUCUAUGGACCUUGGGGAUGGACUAUCAUCACGCACGUAUCCAUGCCACUGGCUAUAUUCUAUCGUUUCCAUUCUACUAUAUGCUUGUUUGAGAUCUGGAAGAAUUCUUUCAAAAACAAGCCCAUUUAUUUAAAUGUGUGA